UCACACGCCCGUGUGGAAUUUAUUUGUGCGCGUGUGAAGGCUCGCACAAUCCCACACGGCCACAUUGGUCACUUGCACGGCCGUGUGGGUUUUGUGUGUACCCGUGUGGCUUCCUCAGCGACUUGCCUCGCGUCCUAUCUUCGUCCAAUCGACCCCAAACUCGCUCCCAAACCUUCAUUCUCUUUCUAGGACCUGAAAUAUCACAAACAAGCACAACCUAGCGUGAAAUCGGUCUAAAAUACGAGAAUCAACACCUCUAACGGCUCUAGAAUAGGGGUAAAAACAUGUGCAAUUAACGGUUUAUCAACCGACUCUAUUUAUACUCACCACCCUGGACUGGGCUUCUUCCACCUAACUCCACGUCAGCAUCGCUUUUAGUGCUCCAUACUUCUGUCAGGCUGAGCGCCCCGACCAACAUGUCAGGCUUCUGACAGAUGCAAGGCGCCCAAACCGUACUCCCUUGGAGUCUUCCGAGUCUUGUCUCCUAGCUUCCCUCAUCAUACUUGGGCUUGGCCUCGCGGGCCAAUUUGUGGGCUGGGGAAAUGGAGUAACCCUCCUCCUCCUCAUUGGGCCGCCUUGGACUUUCACUUGGGCCUCUCUUUGUAACACCCCCCAACAAGAACCAUUUAGUAAUUUUCUUUUCCUUUAUCAUUUUGUUUGCUAUCCUCAAUUGACAUUUUUUAUCGUAUUUGAUUUUGCCGCAUUAUUUAUCUCUUUUUCGAUCGAGUUUGAAUAUGAAGACUAAAUUUUUUAUUAUUCUCCAUGAAAAGAACAUAAGUGUCAUAUAAACCAACGACACUUGAUGCUACGUUCUUCCUUCAUUUUUCAUCAUUUCGUUAAAUUUUUAUGACUUCAUUGUUCGCAUUUGGUUUUGCCCCUUUAUUUAUCUCUUUAGCAAUUUGCUAGAUCCGAGGACACCCGCAAGGUGGAAGAACGGAGUCACAAUAGUAGUACUCAUUGAAGAACAAGAGAAUCACAGUUAGGGAUGGAGAUCGGUACGGUAUCGGUAUCCCAAUACCGGAUAUCGAAUUACAUCAUAAAAUCAAUCCCAAUUCACUCCCAAAAUAAUUUCACUAUCUCAAUCCCAAUCCCAUAUAUUUGGAUUCAAUAUCAAUAUUUACCAAAUGCCAAUUUAUUUCCUUCAUUUUUAUGAAAGUAUAUUUUAUUCUCAAACCCAAUACACCAUUAGGGCAUAGGUGAGGGAGCGGAUCCGGUCAAUAACCUUGUGGUCAAUAACUAUGCAUAACCCAAUCAAAAUCUGCCACAUUAGCUCCCCUUCUCUCUCAUGAAAAGCCUUUAAUUUCCCCCUUAAUCUUUAACGAACGAUUUCUUACUCGUUUUAAAUUAAUUUUUCUUUUUGCACAGUUAGAUCAGAUUAAUUGUGCUCUUCAAAAUGAUAUUCACUUUGAUAUAUUUUUGGAACAAAAAAAAGUCAUUUUUUACCGGUCUAUACCAUAUGGUAUUGACUGGUAUUGAAACAAGAGCAUAGUUAUGGUAUGAAAAGCGUACCAUGGUAGUAUGAACAAACAAAGACUGUAGGAUGGUUGAAUACAUGAUAGUAGAAGUAUAUUAACUGUCAUUUACGACUUUUAACAUUGUGUACCACAAGAUACCACCUCGUACCAGGGUGGUAAUGUGUGGUAUUUUUUGUAUCUGUAUUUUGUUCACCAGAAAAUGGUAGAUCCAAUAGUUCAUGAUGAACUCGUUCCUUCUGUGCAAAAAUUUUCAAAAACGAAUUUAAAACGAAGAAGAUAUCAUAUGGUAUGUAGUUGGUAUCGAGAGACACAAAAAAAUUUUCCUAAAAAAUAUUGAAAAUGGAUCUCAUUUUGUAGAGCACAACGAACUCAUUCCAUCUGUGCAAAAAAAAAAAAUUGAAAUUCGAGUUAAAACGAAGAAGAUAUGAGCCUAUUAAAAAAAGGGAAAAUAAAAUGUCUUUAACUCUCCACACUUAAAUCUUGAUUUUCUAAAUUAAGGGUCCAGAUUUAGUUACUAAUAGGUGCAUAACUCAUGAUUAUGCAUUGUAUCUUGAGCCCAUAGGUGAGUCCAAACAGGGGGAUAAAUGUGAACAAAAAUAGGAGUUGGUUAAUUAAUUACAUGAAUGAAGUAGCUAGAAACAAAAGCGUAUAUGAACAUUAAUUGAACAAAGUAAAGUCAUUUCUUUCCAUAUUACGAAGGAAGAAAAAUGAGCGGCUCUAUAGUUUGGAGUGAGCUAGGGUUUUUUAGUGAGUGAUUCGGGUCAAAAUGUACACAUUUUACCCCUCAUUUCUUGUUCGCUUUGCCGUCUUUCGACCUAUUUUACACUAUAGGUUGUGCUUGUUUUGUUAUAUUUCAGGUCCUAGCAGGUGUGGGAAGGUCGAGGACGAGUUUCAAGUCGAUUGGAGGUUGAAAUUAUCGAAAAAGUGAAAAAAACGUGACCGUGAAGUGCGGAGGAUCCAGACUGUUUUCGCGUCUCACUAGAGGCCUGUCAGUUCACGGUCACACGAUCGUGAACUUCAGCUCCAGACAGUGAAGUGCUGUAGUGAGAUGACACGUUUCUGGCCGAGAUCUCGGUCUAAGCUUUGAGUUCACGGUCAUGAACUCAGACCUUGAACAACAUUCGAUCUGGGUAUAAAAGUGAGCAGCAUAAGGAAGAAAAGGGCGAGCUGGUUUUUGGGAGAGGAAUUAGUUUCUUUCUCUAGGUUUUCGACCCAAAACACCAAAGGGGAGUUCUAGGGAGAGAUAGAGAGUUCUUGAGUGAUCUUGGAGGUUAAUUGAAGACAUUGAUCAAGCUUGGAAGUAAGGUAUCAAGCCUAGAAGAAGAUCUUGGGCUCCAAUUUGUAAAAUCUCUCUUCUCUCUCUAGAAACUCACCCUCUUCUUGUGGGUUUAAGAACCCUAGGUCUAGAUUUUGGUUUGAUGUUGAUGUAUGUGAGAAAUUCCAUGUUUGAUUGAUGAUUUUACUUAAUUGAUGGAUGUUUUCAUGAGUUGGGUUUCCAUUUUCAUGUGACCUAGGAGGGAGAAAAUCCCCUUAGAGCCCAUUAUUGGCAUCUUUUGGUCACUCCUCAUCCUAUAUCGUCUAGGUGAUCCCCGAGGGAGUCGAUUCCAUCAAUCUUCUCCGAUAUAGGGUUGCCCUAGGUUGAAUAGAGCACACCCCAUUCAUCGAUUCACCGUUCCUCUUCAUUUCCGAGGGAGUCCAUCUCCUAAUGGUAGAGUAAUUGAGACAAUUGAGCUAGGAUAGUACUCAACAUCGUUCGAUUUGACAAACUAGGGGGAUUGAAACCCAAGAGAGCUCCAAACCUUGUAAUAACUAGGUUAGUGGUUAGUUUAGGUUGGUUAGAUAACGAACCCUAAACCAAAGUAUGAUAAUCAUAGAUCCUCGUAGUACCAUAAAUUAUUAUGCUACACCUGAUCAGCGGUUACACUUGGACGUCGAUCGGAAAGUUGUAGUUGGAGCUAGGGUUUUUUUAGUGAGAGAUGAAAGUAGUUAUGGGCCAAGUAUGCUUGUCAAAGAGAAGUGAUGGGCUUCAUUUGAGUCUCAAAUAUAGGGAGGAAGGAAACAAACGUAGGUAGUGGGAAGUAUAAUUAAAUUUGCAUUUUGAUGGUUGAGACUUGAGGGCAGAGGGGUGGUAAAAGUGAGUGGGGGUUAGUCUUGUUGGAGGGUUAAAAUGUCCAUUAAUUUUUAUUUUGCUAAUUUCGAUAUAAUAUUGAUCUUAAUCUCGUAAUUACUAAUAUUAAAUAACACUCGAAUUUGAAUCCCAAUCCCAUAAUAAAAUGACUACAAGAAAAACUGGCUAUUGCGACUGAUUCAUGGAGACAAAUGUUACAUUGGUCUCCAUAAGUACCUAUAGGCUAUAGUACAUGACAAUUAUUCAAUUUGUUGCCACAAGUAUUAUUAUGUGUCUCUAAAACUAUCUCAUAUAUGACAUAUUAUAAAAUUGUCUCUAAAAGUAUUAUUAUUUUCCUAUACGCAUUUUUUUAUCAAAUUAGUCUUUAGUUUUAGAGACAGAUUUAUUACAAUUGUCAUUUAAAACAUUUGUACUACAUUUUAAUGUCCAGGCAUAAUAAUAGAGUGGCGGUAAGCAUUUUAUUUUGACUCCAAGCGUUUUAUUCUACCGGGAUGGAAUAGUGAUGUACUAAUCCCAAUUUCCCUUCGCAGACCAGAAUAAAGUAACCCUAUCGAGUUGAAAAGAAAAUCUCUUCACUCGGCUUCCCAUGCCUCCGGCCAUGAUCCGCUGUCCAUACCUCCGUUGUUUCCUCCUCCAGUCAGCGUUGUUCUUUUGCUGCUUGGCUGCCCUUGGGGGUUCGAUUUAUUCGAUUGAUUCGUCUAUAUAAGAGCGGUACAACUCAGUUUCCCUUUUGCUUGAUCUGAUUUAGGGUUUUAUCUGAGGUUAUUCCUCCUAUUGAGUUGCUUUUGUUUAUUGUAACCUGUUAAGAUUAGAUCUUGUAGUGUUAGUUUGUCUUCUGUCGUUGAUUUGCUGCACGUUGAAUGUUCCUCAACGUAGGUGUAGAUUCAACCAUCCGCAUCAUCAAGUUUCUACCUCCGGCGUGAAGUUCACGCUGAUCGCUAUCGGAAGCAAAUCAAUCUGAAGGUCAUCCUUAUCCGCUAUUUGGGGAUUUGAGGUAAUAAUUAGGGAUUACGGGAUUGGGAUCAGUAUAUACCGAAAUACCGAUCAAUAACACAAUAGAAGCAAAUCAAUCUGAAGGUCAUCCUUACCCGCUAUUUGGGGAUUUGAGGUACUUUUUCAUUCGAUUGUAUACAGAGUUUCGUGGGUGUGGUCAAGUAUCCAAAUUUGUUGACUUUUAUUGGAGUAGGAGAAGCCAAUUUUUGGUUGUGAAUGCUGGCCCUGGUUGUAGUCAUAGUUACAUAGAUUUAUCAUUGUGGACUACUGUCUACGUGUUAAUUGGAAAUGUUCCAUUGUGCUAGGCAGUUUUGGAGACUGUUGCUAGGGUCACAACUAAAAAGUAUGUGUUCUAUGUGCUGCAUGUUUUUUUCUUCUUCUUUUCGAUCUGGACAUUACUGUAACAGUUGAACAUCUACUCAAUAAUUUUACUAACAUAUCUGACAAGGGCCAAUUUCCCUAUGAAAUAUGCCAGGUCAUUUCAGUAUCAUCAUGUUGUUUUCCAUUUGGACAAUGACAAUCGUGAGGAAGAUGCUCCAAGAUUGAUUGACCAAAAGGUAUAAUCAAUAUUCAAAAUGUACAUAUUUGAACCACUUAGUUGACGCCCGAUACCAGGGGAACAUGCAUUUAUAUGGCUGAUGUUAGUUUUAUGCAGGGGAGUGGGAGUUGUUUUGUUCAUACAUCUAUGUAAUUAGAUACUAAUAUGGCAGUUGAUGGUCUCUCCACCUCUUUCUCUUGUGUUGUGCAGUCUAAGGAUUGAUAAAGUGUAAAUGUUUAAACUUUUGUAAAGGGGAGGAUCCUAUAGACGAGAAGAACUUUUGGACAAUCCAAGAGUGGUUGCGCCCCAAAUAGAAGGAGCACUCAACCAUUUCAUCAACUGAGAUCCAAACAGCCGGGAGACCAGAACCUAGAGGAGGGAUUUUUCUAGAAAUAGCAUUGUUUAAAAUAAUAUUCCAAAAAUAGCAUCCAAUUUCGUAAAAUUCCAAAAAUAGCACCAUUUCUACAAAACCGCCACCCGUACCAGCGGUUUAGGCGAAAACCGCUACCCGGGGACGCGUUUUUCGAUGAAAACUGCACCCCCACCAUCCGGUCUGUUUUUUUUUUUUAAUCUAAACCUUGGUGGAAACUUCAAAUGAAUGUAUCUUUGUGGUCGGGUAUCCUAUCGCCGCGGAUUUUUUUUUUAUUCCGCAUAACCUUUUGAGAUCUUGCAAGUCGAAGACUGCCGAAGGUGGUUUGGUGAUGCCUUCGUCCCAAAAAAUGUCGUUUGCUACCCCGAACGAGCUUUUUUUUCGAUUUCAUCAAACUUUGGACAACCAUAACUUUGUGCUCCAAAAUCCAAACGGCAUGGAUUUUUUUUUAUUUCGCAUAAAUUUUAAGGAAUACAACUUUUAUCAUAGACAUAAUUUUAAAAAUGUACGUGGAUUGCUGAGAAGGGAAGAUAAGCUAUUCCCAAAAUCCUGUAUAUCCAAAAAUAAUUCUUGUUUUGAAAAUUCAUUCCUAGUAAAAAUUGUAGUCCUUAAAAAGUUAUGCGAAAUAUAAAAAAAUUCAUGCCGUUUGGAUUUUGGAGCACAAAGUUUGACGAAAUAGGAAAAAAGCUCGUUUGGGGUAGCAAACGACAUUUUUUGGGAGGAAGGCGGGACCAAACCACCUUCGGCAGUCUUCGGCUUGCAAGAUCUCAAAAGGUUAUGCGGAAUCAAAAAAAAUUCGCGACGAUCAGAUACACGAACACAAAGAUAUGUUCGUUUGAAGUUUCCACCUAGGUUAGGAUUUUUUUUAAAAAGAACAUACCGCAUGGUGGGGGUGCGGUUUGCAAAAUCGCCCCCUACUAGUACGGUUUUCAUCGAAAAACGCGCACCGAGAGGCGGUUUUCGCCUAAACCGCUGAUACGAGUGGAGGUUUUACAGAAAGGGUGCUAUUUUUCAGAGUUGUGUGCUAUUUUUGGAUUUUUCUUUUCUGAACCGUGUUAUUUCUAAAAAAAUCCUAGAGAACUCGCCAAGCACGUUAACUCUGAAGCGACUAAAUGAUAAUUCAAUCCAUUAGCUCUUGAGUUGGAUUCGUUUCCAGCUAUGGUUUAGGAGAAGCCUAUAUACAUUUGUGUGGUGUUAUUUGGUAGUUUUUCCCAGCCAAUUCCUAUGUAUAAAUAAAUAUUAUUACUAAUGUGAAUCCUUUUAUUAUUAUUACUAUUUUUUUCAACAAAAUAGAAUUUAUUUGUUAUAAAAAAUAUAUUAUAUUUCACAAAAAUCUCAUCAUAAACAAAUUCAUUUAUAAAUAAUAUUUGAAACAAAAAUAUUUUUCUUUAAUAACAAUAAUAUUUUGCCUCUAUAGAUGAUAUUAGAGGCACACGUAUUUGACGUAUUUGUCUCUGUACAUAAUUUUAUAGACAGAUUUUUGUGUUUCUAAAAUUAUAUAUGAAUAAAUAAUAUUAAUCUCCAAAAACAGACAUUGGAAAUUGAUAUAUUCCGUUGCUGUAUCUCCAACUAGCAACAUAUAACAUUUGUUACUAUAUUUGUCUCUAUAGAGCUAUAGCAACAACACUACUUGAGACAAAUGUGUUAUAUGCAUCUAAAAGGAUAUAGAGGUAAAUAAACCCCUUACAUAUGCACAUUUCCUUUGUCUCUAUAGUCCAUUUUUCUUGUAGUGAAUACAUCUAUUUGGUAAUACCAAAUAUUGACAAAUUCAUUACGGUAUUCGGUAUGUCUCAAAUACCGGUAUCAAACUUCCAACCCUAAUCACAGUAAUAAAGUCAUUUAUUUUGCCAAAAGCUCACUUGCAUUGCAUUACCAAGAGAAAUAGAUACCAAUGUUUACAAACCAAAUCACAGUAAUAAAGUCUCAAUAAUUCAAAUCAAGUUCCACAACCAAAAAGGAUUUCAAGUUUACUUUUUUGUUUGUUGUUCCCCAAUCCAUACCUAGUCAUUGGCCAACGAGUCCAUAUCUACUGUUUGCUUCAAUUUAUUUUAAAAUGUGUUUUCUCAAUUCUUAUUCAGCUACGUAGAUGUUACUAUUCAUGGAAUCUCUUACUAUGAUUGAUUUUAUCACCUGUUACUUAUUUCAUCAAAUGGGAGUUAAGCCUCGGGUAUUUUGAAUUUGUGUUCCUUAGGUAUUAGUUUAUUCCAUCUUACAAUCACAUGUAACCUUUCACAUCGCUCCCUUAACGUGAAUCGCAAUGAGCGGACUUCUCUACAAAUAGGUGGGUGUGUCACUUUUUCAUCACUCACCAAAAACUAUGGGUGGUAGAUUUUACCCUACCCAUUCCGUGACGCCAACCCGAUUUGAGGUUCUAGUGAAGGAGACACUGAAAUGGAAGUAUGGACCAGGUGAAGAUGGAAAGGCCAAGUAUUCUAGUUUUAGAAUUACUUGCUGGUUGCAUUUGCUUUCAAGUCACCCUUCAAAUGUUUGGUCCCUCCCUUUGUCUAAAAAGUACAAUCUCUUUUUAACUUGCGGAAAAGAAUGCAAUAAGGGAAAAGAAAAUGCAAUGUAUUCAAGCAAGAGGAGUUAAAAGUAAAGUUAAUCAAACGAAAGAAAAAUGGGAAACUGCUUGCAUGCUUAAAAGACAGUACAUCAACGCUUAAGUAAAAAGUUAAUAAAACGAAAGAAAAAAAUUCUGCAAAAGAGAAGCGUUUACUCAUCAUUUUCAGGAGGAUAGAUGCAUAUAACCAGUGGCGGAUUCAGAAAUUUUAAAUAGGGGUGUCCUUUUAAAAAAAAUUAAAAAUUAAAUCAAAUCAUUAUUAAAUAUGAAAAUAUUCAACUAGUAAAAGUUAGAAUAAAAGUUCAAACAUGUUCUGUAUUAUGAAAGAAUGGUAAAAUACAUUCGGUGUAUACGACAUAUCCUACUAGACAAGGGUAACCCGUAAUUGGGUUUAAUCGUUAGGUUUUGAAAAUAAUUGGGGAUAAGAAUAGUCUUUUACUAUUAUAUUUUGAUCUAAAACAUAACUACAAAUGAGUUGUAGUAUAAUUGAAACUAUAUUUACUAAUAAUAGCAGUGUUCCCAAGUUCAAAUCACAUAGACCCUAUCACUUAAAUAUUAUUUGUACCCAUAUGCAGAAUACUAUAGGAGGUUGAAUAAUCAUUUUCCAUAUUUUAAGGGUGUUCCACUAUCACUAUUUUUUUUUACCCAUACACAAACUACUAUCGAAGGUUGGAUAAUCGUUUUUCCAAAUUUUAGAAGUGUCCCGGGACACCCCUAAACCUCCAUAUAUCCGCCCCUGCAUAUAACGACAUGCUUAUUUGAAGGUUGAUC